UCAAAUGAGCGCAGUUAGUCCGAUAACUCUGCGUAUCAGGUUUGUUUUUAUUCGUAUACCCGUGGUGCUGGGUGGUGGAGGAAACACCUAUUGAAUUAUCAGCAUUUUGGAUACCUCAAUAUCCCUCCACCCAGAAGCCGGGUGAAGCAAACAAAUCGGGAACGAACUCAGAAUCUAAUCAAAUACAAUCAGUGGAGGCUCGGUACGACACGAGUUAGAUUUUCGUUCCGCAUGAUUGGAAUCGAGUAAAAAUCGUUUGGCAGGUGGAAUGGUGCUAGCAAAAUACGGAAGUUGAUUCUAGUGAAUAGCCGUGUGCGAGAAGAGAAAAAUUAUCACAGCAUUAUAUAACGUCAUUGUUUUUUUUUUGGGGUUGAGCUGCGUGUAUUGUUUUUGGUUCAGCUAAAAUAAAAAAGAGCAAUUUCGACAGAAUUUUGAGUGAUUGCUAUGCUAUGAGAGCGAUUGUUGAAGCGGUGGUGUGUGGAAAGACGAUGCGAAAAUAUCAGCAGCCAUUCUAUCACGUGAAAACAAGUGAGCAACAAUUGGCAUGUUGAUUAUGAGAAGCAGAAUACACAAGAAGUGUACGCUUUGAUUCGGGUAAUAAUUUGGCAUCCGCCGUCGCAGCGAUUCGGAAGUGUUAUGCUAUAGAUAUCACACGUGGAAACACACCGUUAGGAAUUCGUUUCAAAUCCGCCGACGUGAUAAUUCUGCCUGGCAAAAUUCCACCUUCGGAAGACACCGCGAAUCGGACGAUGGCCGCUGUACGGGGGGCCGGAGCGGAAUUCGAUGUCCGAAGCCCGAAGAGAUCGGCUGCUGGUGGAAUGCCACUGUUCAGCUGGCGCGAGUUCGCCUGCGGCUGGGGCGCGGCCUUCGUUAAUAUCACCGUUACCUAUCCGAUCUACAAAAUGAUUUUCCGACAGAUGCUGCACGGAGUUCGGCUGGACCAAGCUUUUGGGCAGCUACGGAGUGAAGGCAUAACUUAUCUUUACAGAGGAAUUUUCCCUCCCCUGGCACAGAGAACCAUAUCACUGUCGCUGAUGUUCGGUGUCUACGAUAGUACCCGAAGACCGCUGGAGGAAUUUUGUGGACUGAAUCAGUAUACGGCCAAAACAAUCGCCGGGAUAACGGCUGGCACCGUUGAGGCUGUGUUAAUGCCAUUCGAGCGGGUACAAACGCUGCUAGCCGAUGCGACCUACCACAGGAAGUACAAGAAUACUCAUCAUGCGUUUCGCCUGAUAUACCUCGAACAUGGUUUCAAGGAGCUGUAUCGUGGGCUAGUGCCGAUUCUAUGGCGGAAUGGACCAUCUAAUGCAAUGUUUUUUGUGAUGCGCGAGGAAGCCAGCAAGCGGUUGCCGAAAAGAGCAACGGUAAUUUCACAGGGGACACAGGAAUUCAUCUCCGGAGCCUGCAUAGGAGCGUUUAUCAGCUCUGUCUUCUAUCCGGUAAAUGUGUUGAAAGUGUCCAUGCAGAGUCGCAUCGGGGGUCCGUACGACAGCAUGUGGGUGGUGCUGCAGCAGGUCUACAACGAGCGCGAUCGGAAGCUACGGAACGUGUACAAAGGCUUGAGCAUGAAUUGUACCCGUGCCUUCUUCAGCUGGGGUAUUAUGAAUAGCGCAUACGAGCAGUUGAAGAAGGUGUUCUACUAGUUCCCACUAGUAGUACCGUAGACGGGUAUAUUUGUGUUCAAAAUGUCGUAUCUAAUCAGCGACAAUAAAUCGUGGAUUGAUUUGUUUUUCUGUUGUUCUAUCAGAAUCAAAAAGGAAGCAGACAAACAUUAUGUAAAUAAAAAAAUAGACUACAUAUAGCUGAUUUAGUUAGGGCAAAAGCGGAACCAUUUCUCCCUCAUUCAGCAACAUUUAAAUAGUUUCGUAGGAACUGAAAAAUGUACAUAUUUCGCGAGAUUCCUAGAACACUACAUGUUGUUUGUUACGACUCCAACCCCGUUACUUGUAGCUAAAACACUAUGAAUAAGUCAUAAAUGUGAUGGCAUUUUACAAUACCGACAAACGUUCAACCCCAACUAUGUUUCGUGCAAGAACAAUAUGGUUAUACGCUAAGUAGAAUGUUCCUCUCUCUGUCCGUUUCAAAUAUUUUGAGCGCUUGUAAAUAGGUCCAUCAGUAUAUUGUUACACUGUUGGUAAUACCAGCGAGAAGAACAAGUUAUCCAAUCUGUGCUAUGUCAUUAUAAGAACAAGAAAGUGUAGGCAAAUAAAAACGAGCACAAUAAAA